AUGAUUAGAUGUGCAAAGAAAACUAUUCCCCACGGCAAAACUAAACAAUAUCGAGUGUUUUGGUCUGAACACCUUGAGAAAUUGAAAAGAAAGCGGGACGCCCUUCGCAACACUGCUGAUCAGACUGGAAGAACGGAAGACGUACAAGUCUGGAGGCGACAAGACGCCCUUCGCAAAACUGCUGAUCAGACUGGAAGAACUCUGAUCAGACUGGAAGAACGGAAGACGUACAAGUCUGGAGGCGACAAUCAGCUGUCCUAA